CCGGAGGGAGGCGGCGGGGUCUAGCCCGAGCCUGGGCCCUCAGGUGACGCGCAGUGCCUGGUAACUGUCACCUUCUGGCCGUCCCAAUAAUGAAAACUGAAGCAAAGGAUGGAGAAGAGGAAAGCCUGCAGACAGCUUUCAAAAAACUGAGGGUUGACACCACUGGAUCUCCUGCUUCUCUCUCUGGGGGUGAAGGGGCAAGUCCCAUAGGACAAGUUAGAGCAGUGGCAGAUGAAAGCAGACCUAAGAACUUGUGUGCUUCUAAGGAGCCCUGGCAUGGGUCUGUGAAGAAGCCUUCAAGAGGGGUUGUGAGAACUCAGCGUCGCAGGCGUUCCAAGUCUCCAGUCCUCCAUCCUCCAAAGUUUAUCCAUUGCAGCACAAAGUCGCAUCCCAACUGCAGCCAGCUGGUGCACAAGAGCCAGCUUGGUGCCCAGGAGGACAGCAGUGGCUUUGGGGUGCCAGUGCCAGAGGAAGCUCCUACACAAUGCGGUGCUGCUCCGGAUGCCCGCCAGAAGGCAGCUGAUGUCGAGGCUUUGGGAGCUUCUGUCACACAGUCAGCAUCAGAGGCCACCCAGGAGUCUCCAGCUGCCCUUUCUCUGGUGUCCAAAGCAAACCUGCAGCCUGCAGAGCUUUCUGACUUCCAGUCCAUGUCCAGGCUGAGCAGGGACGAGCCAUGCGCGUGUGCGGAUGAGGCCUGCCGGUGGAGGCGGUGGCAGGAGAUGGAGGUGUAUGAGUUCUCAGGCCUGCAGAGCACCUUGCCCCUGCCAGCCCUGCCACUGCCCCCUGAGAGGAGAACACUGCCUGAGGACCACUCCCAGCCUGUGCCAGCCAGAACUCCCUCAAGCUCCCCACGCUCUUGCUCUGAGCAAGCCAGGGCCUUUGUGGAUGAUGUGACUAUUGAAGAUCUUUCUGGCUACAUGGAAUACUACUUGUACAUCCCCAAGAAAAUGUCCCACAUGGCAGAAAUGAUGUACACCUGACAGCACUGAUGCCAGGAGGGUGAUGGCUUCAGUCUGCCCUUUGCCACACUUUGUGGCAGGUGCAGCCCACUGCCUACUCAAUACUUUACAUUGCAGCUGAUGUUCAUUAUUUAAGCUGGACAAACACUUUAGCUGGAGCUUAAUACUUUGAGCUUGGAAUAGAUAAUGAAGUAAAAAAAUGAAUGUGUUCAGAGUGAGCCUGCCUCUGCCUAAAUGACCUAACACUGGGAAAUUCUGCUUGGUUUUUAAAGUCCUCCCCAUUUCAGUUCAGUUUCUGGGCUGGGAAAAAUCUGUAGAUGGCCUGCUGAUCGUUAUGAGAAAUCUGGCAUCAUUUAGGUUCUUUGAUCU